UCACCUCAUCCUGGACUGGGGGACUAAUUGAGGUCAUGACGAUCUCCCAUUCAGUCACUGAGAAACGCGAGCCUGGUUGAGCGGCUUUAAUGCGGUGACAGACCCCCGCCCCUUUAUUCCCUUGGAGCGACUGGGCUGCCUGAGACCGGACUCGUGCUGACCCAGUCCCCUCCCCAAGGUAAAAGCGAAUAGAGAGGCUGAGGAAUAACACACGGUCUGUAAAAUGAGAGGCUGUGGGGUCUCGGCAGGAUGGAGCAGAGCGAGCAGAUAUUGACAUUUGAAACCAAAAAUCCUGAAGAGCUGGCAGAACGUUUGCGAGCUGUGUGUGGGAACCAGAGUAAUGCAUAUGCACGACUACUUGAAUAUCGUCUCAAUGCACUUAGAGGCCUGUGGAAUGCACAGCGACAAUUAGCACUUGAAGAGCAACAUGAGCGUGAAAACUCCAGUGACGAAGAGACCAUGUCCUUGCUCAAGCGGCAGGGCUUGUUGCAACAGCCGGAACAGGCGCCAUUUACCUCUCGCAUGGGCCUAUUAUUGGUGUUCCCUUUGAUCCAGUCACAAAGUAAAACUGACCCUUCCCUCUGUAACAUCACUGCUGAGGUACUCCUGAACUGCCUUAGAGAUUGCCAGCCUCUGAGCCUCACAAAAGAACCUGCUGACUGUCUGAAUGGUCUGGAGGCCCUGCUUUGCUCCUGGUUAGAAGAAUCACCUUCUUUGGGUCAAUCAAUCCCAUGGAAACAGAAAGAGAAUGCUGCAGCUGCACUGGUAGCUCUUGCCUGUGCAAGAGGUUCUCUGAAAACCCUCAUUCACACAGUGCACCUGUUGCAGAAGCAGAUGGACCUGGGAUUUUUACCUGUGACAGACGUUCUACACCGACUACUUCUACUGGAGGGAGGACCAGGCUCUGCCUCUUGCUUGCUUGGCAACAAACAUAUGGUGUCAUGGGGGUUUGAGGAUAUGCUAUCUGCACCGGAGAGCAACAGCAGUUCCAGUGACAACAAAGAUGCAGAUUUAGGUCGCUGUCUUGCAACAGAUGGAAUGUACCUUUAUUCAACUAACUCCGUUGGCAAGGGGAUCAGCAAGUUGGGGUCAGGGCUCCAUGGGACUCUACGCGGUUUUGUCUAUUGUCGCAAUGAUGAACUGGAAGCUGGCUGGAUUGCUUUUGGCAGUAGUGCUCUCCUUCACCGCCCCGCCUCUUUUGACAGCAAACCUCAUUACCUCUUUCAAGUGAUCGAUCAGUAUACCCUACAGGUGUCUCAGAUUGUGUCCAUGCCACUGAAUCACUUCCCAGUAGGCAGUAACAUGACCACAAUCCAUCUCUGCUCCGACGGAACUUACAUCUAUUGGAUCUGGUCUCCCGCAGGCUUGAAUGAGAAAACUCCUAAAGGCCAUUCUGUCUUCAUGGAUGUCUUUGAACUGACAGUGCACAAUGAGAGCUGCACUGCAUGCCCUCUCCAGGAACGAACCAUAUUAACAAGGAAGGAAGGGGAAUCUGCAAAAAGUAUAAAUGAGAUGCUGCUGAGUCGACUUUCCCGAUAUCGUGGCUCCCCUUCAGCUACAUUGGCUGCUCUUACUGGCUCCACAAUUACCAACACAUUGAAGGAAGACCAUUCUGCAGCAAACACAAGCUGUGGCUUACCCUUGAAAACUUUAAGGAAGACCCCUAUGUAUACAUGUGGGACAUACCUGGUUAUGCUUAGUGCACCACCAGGAGGAUCUGGGAGUUCCGCAACACGUUCCCUGUUUGGUGGCACAAGUGGACUGUCGUCUUUAAAAGUCUUAUCCUCUAGCCUGGUGUUUAAUGUCUCAGAUGGCCAAUUUAGCAGCCGAGCAGAUUUGAUUGAUGCAGCUGGCAGUUCCCUUGGGCGGGGUGCUCUGGUUCCAGGACUGGGAGCCUGCUAUGAUGCUAUGAACAAUAUGAUUUGGACGUGUUCUAGUGACUAUAUGGAUCAGUGGUGUAAUCCUGGUAACCAGGCCUUCCAUCAUGUCUGUCAAAGAUUGGGUGUUAGCCAUAUCAUCCCUGAGCCAAAAGAUGGAUCUGUGUCAACCAGUGAUGUCAUUAACCAACUCCUGCAUCAUGUGGGAGCAAUGUGCAUUCAUCAGCUCAAUUUAUUGACUGCCAGUGCUAACUUACCAAUCUCAAACUUCCUGGGAAAACAGCACCCCAUUGAAGCGCAACACCUCAGCAGUAUCUGUGACAUCAUGGAGAAGGCCAUGGCAAGCAAGGACAUGUGCAUUAUACGGUGUAUUCUUAUUGUUUUUCAGGUAAUAUUCAAAUUUUUCUUCAACCCGCAAACAGAGCGAAACCGUGAGAUUGUGCGUCGGUCUGAACUACUGCUCUGGCAACUUUUAAAGACCCCUGUGGAUGAAAUUGGCAAAGAGAUUCAGAGGGAGGUGUGUUUGGCUAUUAGCUCUGGACUUCAUACACUGUAUCUUGGGGAGCAAGAACUGAACAAUCUGCUGAAACUGGUAUUAACUGAAGGAGAGAGAAACAGUGGCCUUUGCCAGUUACGAGAUAUUAUCUUGAUUAAUCUGGCUGAACAGCUACAGAACAAUCGAUUUGGGAGUGAGGACGACGAUCAUUACAGGUUGAAUGAUGAACUACUGCACUAUAUCCUGAAGAUCGUGGUGCAAGACUCCUGUGUUCUCAUCACAAAGUGCCAAACAGUUUCUAAAGAAGAAUUUCUCAGGCUUCUUGCUACAGUGCCAGUUGCAUCGCCCUGCCUCCGUUAUUUGAUGGCAGUGCAGAAUCACCUCCUCAGUAACACAAUCCUGAUCAAACCUGAUGACCAUGAUGAUAGUGACAGCUCCCUGCAGGGGGAGACAUUGAAGGUACAGGAACUCCAGACCAGUAUCUUAGCGCUAGCCACCAAAAUUCUGGCAGGAUGUGAUGAAGUACUUGAAAAACUCCAGAGUGUCACCACAUCUGUUAUUAACAGUGAAAUGGCUGACAAAGAGCACAGGCUGAAGGGCUUAGAACAGAUCACUAAGGCCACUAUGUUGGGCCAUUUGCUGCCAGUAUUGCUGACCUCUCUGAUGCAUCCAAACCUGCAGACCCUGAUAAUGGCAGAUGCACUCAUGCCGCAGCUGGUUCAGCUUGUUCUCUACACCAGCCAGACUGCUUUGCUGUUGAAAACACAAACUCCUGUUUUCGCAGAGGUAGGUGAUGAGCCCUACCCAGGAACUGAACAGAUCCAGAAAGGAAUGCUCCCCUUGUUGGAUGACAGGAACUACCGCAUGCUAGAGGAAAAGGAAGAACCUGGUUUUCUGACUGGCUUAAAGAUCCCUGCCCCAUGGGCAGCUGGGAAGACGGUAGAAACGGUCCAUCCCGUGAGAGACAACUACAAGUUCAAAGAAACUGUCCAUAUUCCUGGUGCACGCUGCCUCUAUCUGAGGUUUGACACACGCUGCUCCUCCCAAUAUGACUAUGACAAGCUGGUGAUAUAUGCAGGUCCAAACACAAACAGCAGGAAAGUAGCAGAGUAUGGAGGAAAUACAUUGGGCUAUGGAAGUCGCAGUGUACUGGGAACUGGUUGGCCUAAGGACUUGGUCAAGGUUGAGGGCGACACAGUGACCUUUUCUUUUGAGAUGAGGAGUGGACGAGAGCACAACACACCUGAUAAAGCCAUGUGGGGGUUCGCUUGUACUGUUCGAGCCCAGGAGUCUUCAGAAGACGUUUCAGGGGGGCUGCCCUUCCUUGCUGAUCUUGCAUUGGGACUCUCUGUAUUAGCCUGUUCCAUGCUACGGAUCCUUUAUAAUGGACCUGAGACUACUAAAGAAGAGGAAGCAUGUCACCAAUUACUCAGAUCAAAACUGCUUCAGAGAUGUCAAUGGCAGGUUGAAGCUAACGGUGCCUUAUCUCCUGCUUUGACACCAAGUCCCUCUCCUCUGCCACUAACUAUUGAAGAAGACAGGGAGUUCACCUAUCCUUGUGAUGCACUCGCACCACCACCUCCGGUAACAGGGCACUACUUUGAUUUGCCAAGGAUUCGUCUGCCUCCUGGAAUAAUGGGAAAACUCAGGGAAAUAUCUGGCAGAGCACGACCUCAGUUCAGACCAAGCAUUAAGGAAGUGAUUCAGCCUGAUGUGAUGGAAGAAAUGGUGGUGUCAUGUGUGAUCAAACAUUUGAAUCUGAUUGAUGCGCUGCAGUCUCUAAUUAAUUUCCAGUACCGAGAGGAGCACCUGGAAGAGUAUGAUCUGCUGUGUAAAAUAAUGGGAGAAACUUUCAAAAAGCUUAAUGCUAUGGAGCGGCAACUUCAGAGUGUAGCAGAGCUUGAGCAGAAAUGGCAGAAUGAAAUGGAAGAUGGCCAGCAAGGAAAACUGGAAAACAAUCUGCCAUUUUUCCAUGACUAUCACUUCAAUGAGAGUAAAAUUAAGGAGUUAGAGUUGCUUUGCUCCCUGAAGGAGAUGCCAUUUGACUGUAAUGACUUGGAGAACAUGGUCCUUUUACUAAGAGAGAAGUUUGGUCAGGAGGUGAACUCUUUGAUGCCGAAAUCUUCACAUUCUUUAGCAAAAACGAAAGCUUUGGUGAAAAGCUUGAUGAAUCGGGCUGAGUUGUUGCUGCACGUUACCAUAGCAGCACAGUCUGGUCUGACCAGGAGUAUUUCAGGAACCCCAGCUGACACACCAGCUUGUAAAUCAUCAUCUGAAACCAAGGUGAUUUCUCACACUGUUCGCCAACCUGUCUUCCUGCGUAGUAUGUCAGCGCCCUCUGACCUGGAAAUGAUUGCAAAUGAGGAUUUAGAAUUCACGCGGGCCAACCAGAGGAGACGCCAUGGGAAUAGUCAUCGGAGCAGCUCCUUCACUCUGCUUCAAUCACUGACUAUUGAGGAUAGCCGCGACAAGCCAACGUACAGCGUGUUGCUUGGACAGCUCUUUGCUUUCAUUGGGACAAAUCCUGACCAGGCUGUGUCGAGCAGUAGUUUCCUUUUAGCUGCCCAGACCCGAUGGCGGCGUGGUAACACAAGAAAACAGGCCCUGGUUCACAUGCGUGAGCUGUUGACAGCAGCAGUCCGAGUCGGUGGUGUCACUCAUUUGGUGGGACCUGUAACCACAGUCCUUCAAGGUGGACCGAGGAUUGAAGAGCUGACGUGUGGAGGGAUGGUGGAGCAGGUUCAGGAGGCGUUUGGCGAGACCAUGACAUCAGUUGUUUCACUUUGUGCUCGAUAUCCAAUAGCCUGUGCCAAUAGCAUUGGCCUUCUUUGUACUAUACCAUACACCAGGAGUGAGGAGAAAUGUCUGGUGCGUAGUGGCUUGGUGCAGCUCAUGGACAGACUCUGUAGCCUGACGAGCCAGCGAGAAAGUAGCUCAAGUGAAAAACAGACCAGGAAACAGAAGGUAGCUACUAUGGCCUGGGCUGCUUUCCAGGUACUGGCUAAUCGCUGUGUGGAGUGGGAGAAAGAAGAAGGUGUAUCCACAAAUGCAGUUCAUUCUGGGUUAGCUCGCCAAGUGUCAAGCCUAUUAACCAAUCAUCUUGCCCGUGCUACUGAGUGCUGUGGGAAUCAAGCAGCAGGAAAUGACGCACUGCAGGAUGUACUCAGCCUCCUAAAUGAUCUUUCCAGAAGUCAGAUUGGUAAAGCAAUCCUCAGUCAGCCUGCCUGCGUGUCAAAACUCCUUUCGUUGUUGCUAGACCAGCGACCAUCCCCCAAGCUGGUACUCAUUAUCCUUCAACUCUGCCGUGCUGCCUUGCCUCUCAUGAGUGUGGAAGAUUGUGGGAAUGUGGAGCUGCCUCCAUGGAGCUAUUCUGUACCUUCCCUGGACAAUGAACAGGAUGAUCCUGGUGACCCUGCUUCAAAUAUUGCAUCACUUCUGUUAGCUAAGCUUGCUGAUUAUGUUGUACCAGGGUGUCAAACUGUACUGUCUCCCAGCACAUCAGAAGCUGGUUCUUCCUUUACAAAAUCCAGCCCAAAGAACUCAAUAAAAACAGAAAAAGACGGUGGAGAGGAAAGCGAGGCAGUAGAUGGUAAACUGUCGAUCUUAAUUCAUAAACGUGAAGAUCAGUCAUCCCAUGAAGUCCUUCAGCCAUUACUCAGUAGCUCAGAGGGACGUCCUUUCCGACUGGGCACAGGAGCCAAUAUGGAGAAAGUAGUGAAGAUGGAUCGGGAUAUGACUAAAAGUGGGUACUGUGAAGUUAUCACGGAAGAGGCAGUUGCAGCCUUACGCAAGGCUACCAAAUGGGCGCAGUCAGGGCUUAUUGUAAGUGUGGGACCACCAGUGGAGGCUGCCAGUCAGGAGGCUACCAGUGGACUGACAACUGGCGAUAAGAAGAAGACAGCUCAGACAUCGAUCUGUAGAGAAAAAAAUGCAGAACUUGCCAGAACAGACCCAGUCCGACCAUUCAUCAGUGGCCAUGUGGCAAACAGCAUGGCUGCAGAGGUGAUUGCUCUGCUGCACAACUUACUGAUGGCUCCUGAGUUUAGCACUGCCCAGAUCUGGACUACAACAGCAGAAAAGGUUCUGUCUCGAGCACUGAUGUACAUCCCUCAGCUUGGUAAAUAUGCAGAGAGUGUCUUGGAGAAUGGAAGUAGCAGUGGGAGGAAGUUGGCAAAACUGCAGGCUAUUGGUCGGCAGGCAGUGGCAGCACUUUGUGCACUUGGGGGCUUCAAAGAGACCAUUAAAAUAGGAUCUGAAGUGCAGGUUUCAGGAAAGGGAAUAUCUGGAAGCAUUGGAGUGGUGACCUCUAUUAAUGAGCAAGAAGGUAUUGCCACAGUCCGACUCCCUUUAUCUGAUUUUCGAAAGGCUUCCAAAGCAUCAGACACGGUGACUGUUCCAAUAUCGAGACUAUGCACACCACGAUGUGAGGCCUUGCCCCUGCAUAAACUGUCCAUCACUGAGAAAGUAGUCCAGGCUGUUCAGUCUAUGUUGCUUCCACAGGAAGGGAGUCUCUCUAUUCUGACCUCACUCCCUGCAAUUGGUGAUGGUUCCACUCCUGUAAUGGCAGUAGUACGACUUGUAGCUGAAAUAAGGACUAGAGCGUGCUUAGUGAUGGCCCAGUUACUGGAGGAUAGUUUGUUCUGUGAGGAGUUCAUUCAGCAGUGUCCAGCAGCAGUUGAGGUCUUGAACCUGGUGGCACAGGAGUGCAGCCCUGGUGAACGAUUGGUGGUAGUAGAGGCUCAGUGCGAGAGAUUGCGGAUGUUAUACCGGGACUGUGCUCGUCCCCCUCCCCCCCCACUGCAGUCUGACAGGAGACAGCCAAAAGAAAUUACCUGGUGCCCCUCUCGAGUUUUCCCUCCGGUGCGAGCAUGCAUGUUUUCUUCCCAUCUUACUGCUGUGACAUUCCUAGCUGAUCCAAGUGCAGGAGGGGGCUUGCCUCGUGGGACAUUCAUCUAUGCCACAUCACAGAUACCUGUGCAGGCACCAUCGUUUUAUUGGGAGUUAGAAAUUGUUUCCUAUGGAGACACAGAUGAUGAUAGUGGCCCAAUAGUGUCUUUUGGAUUUGCUACAGAAGCUGAAAAAAGGGAUGGAGCUUGGACAAAUCCUGUUGGAACCUGCCUCUUCCACAAUAAUGGGAGAGCUGUGCAUUACAAUGGAUCCAGUCUGCUGCAGUGGAAGAGCGUUCGAUUAGAUGUCACUUUGUCUCCUGGUGAUGUAGCAGGCAUUGGUUGGGAGAGAAGUGAUGGAACCCCUCCACCACCGGGACAGCCAUCAAAGGGCAGGGUAUAUUUCACAUAUUGUGGGCAGCGCCUGAACCCAUUCCUAGAAGAUGUUUCUGGUGGAAUGUGGCCAGUUGUUCACAUUCAGAAAAAGAAUACUAAAGUUCGUGCAAACUUUGGGUGUCGUCCUUUUGCUUAUGCAGAGGGUCAGGCACACCGGAACGCAGCUGACCUAUGCGUUGAUCUAGCCGAGGAAAUCAGUGCCAACUUUGAGGCUUUGCCAUUUGCCAUGGCCUCUGACAGCGACAAUGAUGCAGGUGCUAGUGUGGCAUCAGAUACUGGAUCCCAUGGUCCACCCUGUCGAAUUGCAGCAACUGCUGCAGCACAACAGCAAUAUGACAGUGACGCCUCUUGCCAUUACAAAGUGGAAUUGAGCUAUGAAAACUUUUUGAUAUCUGGUCCAUGCUGUCAUCCAUCACCAGUAGCUGAUGACGAAAGUGAUGAUGAUGAUGAUGACGACGUUCCAAGAGAGGAUCACUAUGCACUUUUAGUCAAAGCCUGGGAAACCAAAGUCUUUCCUACAAUUCGCAGACGAUUCCGUAAUGAAGCAGAAAGAAAGUCUGGAUUAGAUCAGAUAAAGGGUGCACUGCAGCUUGGUAUGGUGGAUAUUGCUCGUCAGACUGUCGAGUUCCUAUAUGAAGAGAACGGUGGCAUACCUAGAGAUCUCUACCUCCCAACCAUUGAGGACAUUAAAGAUGAAGCCAAUAAAUUCACAACAGAUAAAGUUCGCAAAGGCCUAACUGUGGUGAUCCGGUAUCCAGAUAGUAAUAAUCUCAACAGCAGCACUGGUGGCACUGCUUUACCGAAGUUUGCCAUCCGAGGAAUGAUGAAAACAUUUGGCUUGAAUGGAGUUGUUCUUGAUGUUGAUACGGCAAAUGAAUUGGUUCAGGUGGAGACGUACUUGCGAAGUGAAGGUGUGCUAGUUCGCUAUUGGUACCCAAUUGACAUGCUGGAGCGCCCUCCCACAGGAUACAGACGCACAGCAGCUUAUGGGCUAGUCACCCUGGACAAUACAAACAUCCAGAUUCACAGAGAGUUACUGCGUUGUGAGGCUUCUUUGGCCAGACUGUAUUGCCGUAUGGCAUUGCUCAACAUCUUCGCUCCCAAAUCACCACACACUUUCACCCGGCUGUUCCAUAUCCCGGCUGUACGUGACAUCACGUUGGAGCACCUGCAAUUAUUGUCCAAUCAGCUGCUGGCCCCACCACUAUCAGAUGGAACAAUCAGCUCCAAUUCAAUUCUUUUGGCUCAGUCCCUCCAACACUGUAACCAGGGUCAGAACUGCUCUCCCACUGACCUCUUCUACCAGGGCAACUCCAAUUCCAUCAGGGAAUGGCUUACAGUUGCUAUAACACGAGCCUUACACCAGGGUGAAGACAGUUUGUUGGAUUUAACAAAACAGAUCUGCUCUUUCCUACAGCAUUCACCAGAACAGUUUCCAUCUGAAGAGUUCCCAGUAACAGAAUCUAAAGUGAGCAUGGAUGUACAUUUUCCAGGGGCUGCCUUUGUAAUGGUGUCAUGCAAGGAAAGCCCCGCUGGAUUUCGGAAAGAUUCCUCUCUCUAUAAGGCUCCAUGGGUUAGAGUGCUGGUAUAUGGACUGGGUCACAAAGUGCGGAGAAAUGGACAACUUAACCUUACAGAAACUGUCUGUUACCCGAAAGAUGCAUCACCAACCAAUACUGGCUUGACUCCACCUCCCACCACAAACCAGUACCCUUCUGUUGUCAUCCCUACUGACAAGCUGCAUGUCAAGCUAGGUGUCUCCCCGCCACCUGGUGCGGUGCUGGUGUUAAAUUCAUUGCCUCUGGAAUUUCCUCUGGCAAUGGCAUUUGCUGAACAGUUGCUAACAUGGAAACUGGGAGAAAGUGACGGGAAAUCCGAGGAUGAACUUGAUGCCAUUCCUGCAUCAGUUCUCCUGCAGGUUGUUGAACUGUUUGCCAACCUCUUGUGGACAACAGACCUGUCCCCCAGCAUAAAAGAGAUGAUAUUCCAUCUACUAGCUGAACUGCUGCGCAAAAUCCAUCAGCUGGAACAGAAGAAGAGUCCUGCUGGUCUAUCUUCGUCCAUUGCCAUCCAGUUGAACCCAUGCCUGGCUGUUCUGAUGGCAAUACAAACUGAGCUCCGAAAACUAUAUGAUGAAGAAACACAAAACUGGAUGACUGGGAGCAGUUCUGGUAUUGGAAUUGGAGUGACUGACCAAGGCCGUUUCUCCACCUACUUCCAUGCUUUGAUGGAGAUUUGUCUUGCAGUUGCGGAGGUAACACUGCCCAUCAAUAUGAGCACAGUGGUCAAUGUGAUGACUUCCACAAGCGCACCAAGCCUCAGCGAUUCUUCUUCCUCCUCUUCCUCCUCACCAGGACAGACACCACAGAGCCCAAGCUUACUCUCCAAGCGGAAGAAGGUCAAAAUGAAACGAGAGAAGACAUCAGCAACAGGGAAGCGGCUCACAUCACGAGGCAGUGAGAAUGACACAUCAAUACUGAAUAUUGGUGGAAGUAAACCAGAAGACAUGCUGUGGUUCCAUAGGGCCUUGACAUUACUCAUGAUCCUCCGUCACCUGACCAACAAGGACCCCCAAGGUCUAGGGGUGACAAAUGAUGCCAUCUCAGAUGCCUGUCAGGCUUUAGUAGGUUCUACCUCCCACAGCAGGUUGCUGGUGAUCUCAGGAAUACCAACGCAUCUUGAGGAAUGUGUUGUCCGAAGUGCCAUUCGCCGGGCAUGCAGUGCACAUGGUGGCGUUUUCAAAGACGAAAUUUACAUACCGCUACAAGAUGAUGACCCUAAGAGGUUGAAAGUGAAAACUGAUAGCAAGUUGGAAUUGGCUAAGUCAACAACAGUCAACAGCAUGGACAGCAUGGAUGUAAGCAGUGGCAGCAGUGUGACACCAGCAAUGAGUAUGAGUGCUUCUGCCUCCACCAGCCAGACCUCAAUUUGCAGCUCACAGUGUGUUUCUCGGACAACAAGUGACCUUUCAGUAGACCAGUUUCAAGCAGGUCAUGACAUUGCUGCACCACAGGGAAUGAUUGAUCCACACACUGUAUCUAGUCAGGAGAGCCUGGACCUAUCCCUAUGCAGCACUGGGAGCUUGGGCAGUCUUGGUAGUCUAGGAGAACCCAUGGACAGUGCAGACUCUGCUUCUAUCUCUGAUGUAGGAUCCAUGUACACAGUCACAUCACUGGACAACAACCCACUUGUGACACGACCCAUCAAAGGUUACGCUAUUGUUGAGGUGAGAGCUAGAGCAAAGAUUGAAAAGAUCCGUGCCAGCCUAUUCAACAGCAGUGAUUUGAUUGGAUUGUCCAGUCUGGAUGGAGAAGACGAAUUAAUGGAGAUGUCGACGGAGGAGAUCCUGACCGUCUCAUCUGUAAACCAGAGUUUGUUUGACACCCAAGGCAGUUCGGCAUUGGAAGACUAUUUCACUGAUAAACUGAUAAAAGGUGAUAAGGUGGUUCCUGGAGCACGAGAUGUUCUUGCAGAGAUAUUCCGAAGCUGUAUGCACUCUGAGCAGAUGCUGAGUCUGGCUCCAACCAAACCUAUUAAAGUUUCUGACAUUUUCCUCAGUAAAGAACAAAUCAACUCUCAGACACCAGGAAAUUUGUUGCAAAUAUUUUUCACAAACAUCCGGCCACCAAAGAAAGUUCUGGAGGAUCAACUCACGCAGAUACUACGAAAGUAUGGCAUACCAAAGCCAAAAUUCGACAAGAGCAAGUACAGUAAAGGAGGAAAGGAGCAACACCCUGGGAAAGUAGUUAGCACAAAAAGACCGAUUGCCAAACCUCCAGGCAAAGACAGGUCCGUGCUGAACAGCGUCAGAACUGCACUGAGUGAAAAGAAACCAAUUGUGAAAGCAAAGUCACCUGAAAAGAGCACCAAACCUGAUGACAAGGACCCAGAGAAAUCACCAGCAAAGAAACAAGAAGCACCAGAAGAGAAGUAUUUAACAUUGGACGGUUUCCAGAAAUUUGUUGUCGAUCGGUCCAAGCAGGACAUCCGCAGUGUUUGGCGGGCAAUUCUUUCCUGUGGUUAUGACCUCCACUUUGAAAGGUGUGCCUGCAUUGACACCAGACACGCCCAAAGAUCCUGCAAAAAAUGGACUCUAGAAAUGGAUGUUGCACUUGUACAGUAUGUCAAUCGCCUCUGCCGCCAUCUUGCCAUCACUCCAGGCCGACUCCAUCCUCAUGAAGUCUACCUUGACCCUGCAGAUAUGCCUGACCCAAGGAUCGCCUGUUUAUUGAAUGUUCCCAUUGAAAGCCUUCGGCUUCGUUUUGCUCUACUUCAGUCCUUAAACAACACCUUGGAGACAUUCUUCCUUCCUCUGGUGGAGCUCAGACAGACGCACACAUAUAUGGACAGCAUUGCAUCUCUGCUACGAGAGGCUAAAGGGUUAGUGUUUUAUGAUACUAAAAUAGCUGUGAUGAACCGGGUUUUGAACGCAACUGUACAGCGGACUGCAGACCAUGCUGCACCUGAAAUAACUCUGGAUCCUCUGGAAAUAGUAGGAGGUGAAAUUCGUUCAUCAGAGAACACCUACUUCUGUCAGGCAGCGCGACAACUAGCAUUAGUGCCUUCCUCCCAACUCUGUGUCAAGUUGGCAAGUGGUGGGGACCCAACUUAUGCAUUUAAUAUUCGCUUCACUGGUGAAGAAGUACAUGGAACAAGUGGAUCGUUUCGACACUUCCUGUGGCAAGUGUGUAAAGAGUUACAGAGUUCAGCACUUUCACUUCUUGUACCUUGCCCGAGUUCUGCAGCCAACAGAAACAAGGGCAAGCAUAUCCUUACCCCUGGCCCAAUAACAUAUACAGAGGAACAACUGCUACACUUCUUCGGGCAGUUACUUGGAAUUGCUAUCCGAGCAGAUGUCCCACUGCCUCUUGAUCUCCUCCCAACAUUUUGGAAGACUCUAGUUGGGGAGCCUUUGGAUCCAGAGUGGGAUCUGCAGGAGGUUGACAUCUUGACAUACAACUACAUCAAGAAGUUUGAGACUGUUAAUAAUGAGACAGAACUUGAGGCACUGUGUGCUGAAGUAACAUCACAUCACUUAACCACAGAGAGCCCUGAAUCACCCAAUAAACCCUGCUGUAAAUUCAGCUACAUCACCAUGACAGGCGAGGAAGUGGAGCUAUGUCCUGGAGGCAGGAAUAUCGCUGUUAUGUGGGAAAAUAAAGAUGCAUAUGCGUCAGCAAUCCGCAAUCUGAGGCUACAAGAGAUAGAGAACACUGACUGCAUGACUGCAGUGCGUGCAGGGCUUGGCUCUAUCAUUCCCUUACAGCUCCUGACACUGCCAACACCACUGGAAAUGGAGCUGAGGACAUGUGGCCUGCCCUACAUAAACCUGGAGUUUCUAAAGGCUCACACCAUGUACCAGGUGGGACUGAUGGAGACUGACCAGCAUAUUGAAUUCUUCUGGGCAGCUUUAGAAACGUUCACUCAGGAGGAACUCUGCAAAUUCAUCAAGUUUGCCUGCAACCAGGAACGAAUACCAUUCACCUGUCCAUGCAAAGAUGGAGGCCCAGAUACUGCCCACGUUCCACCAUAUCCAAUGAAGAUCGCCCCUCCUGAUGGAGCUGCAGGUUCACCAGAUUCCCGAUACAUCAGGGUGGAAACCUGUAUGUUUAUGAUCAAACUUCCUCAGUAUUCCUCACUCGACAUCAUGCUGGAAAAGCUCCGCUAUGCCAUCCACUACCGUGAAGAUCCUCUCAGCGGCUGAGCAGGAUACACCUGGAAUUCCCAGAUCUUUUUGCAACAAACGGUGAUGCAAGAACUUCCUUGACCCUACUUUUAAGAAAAGAAAUUGAGGUGGAAGUGCAGGUGGAAUCUGUGCCGCAGUUGGGAGCAGUUCGUCCUGAACCCGUCACGAGCAAAAUGCUUCCAUGCUGGUGCAAACUUUCUUUUUGUAAAUUUCCGUUUCUGUUGAUGGACUGAGAAUGGUGUGUUGCUGUCUUGUCAAGCAGCUAUUCCAAGAGCAUACGGUGUGUUGCUGUCUUGUCGAGCAGCUAUUCCAAGAGCGUACGGUGCUUUUACAACAACAGCAGUGUAUGUUACUGUACCUUUAAAACACAAACACUUGUGGUCAAACAGGAUAAUAGUUCAUUGUAGGAUAUAACUGUUUUUAUACUCUGUGGUCUUAACUUUGGAGCUGCAUUUUAUCCUUCAUGUUCUUACUGCAGGAAAAAUUAUUUUACUUUCCCUUGCACAAAAGUGCGCACAUGGGGAUACUGUUCAAAAUUAGACAAAUCUUCCAGAUCAGCUUUGGCUUCUAAAUGUCAAGUAACCACAUGUGUGCGACAGAAUUGAAGUGCUCCAAAGUUAAUGUGUUGUGAUCAUCAGUGUACGGAAGGCAUACCCCCACCUACCGGCAAUGAACCUUCCAGUGGAUUUAUAUUAAUCAUGUGACCCAGCCUUCUUCCCUUUUUUCUCCUUUUUCCCAAAAAGAUAAGGUUGUGAGUACUUAUGGUAUAUUGGAUCAGCAUGUUAACAGAUGCCUGCUUUGCCAUCAGGAGUCUCUCAGCUGUCUCCUUAAUUCAUUUUGUAGGAUUUUGUCAUGCUGACUGGAAACCCUUGUCCUCAAGUAUUUUCUUGUAAAGCUCCCUGCUGAUCGUCAGUGGUAUUGAGGUAUACUGUAAUGUAACCAGGAGCCUUGAUUUGGAGCUAGGAGUAAAUGAAUUUAUUGGAUAUCUCAUUUUCUGCUGACAAAUGAUACCUGAUAUGGAUCACAAUUCAGCACAGCUUGCUAAGAUUGGGAGUGGGUAAUAUUGAGAGACAGUUAUCUGGAAAGAUAUUUUGUGUUAGAGGUCAGUCUCUUAUAAUGAUUGCAGAUUCCGUUCACCCCUUUCAUUACUCCUCUCGGGGUUUCAAAUUACACUCUGUUCCCACCCAAGUGGGUAGACACAGGUGGCUGUCGGUGAGUGUGGCCUACAAUUACUUCCAAAUGGCAAUUUAUUUUUUUCUCUCUCCCCUAAGUGAAGUGUCUGGUCUCUGAAUGGCUAAAACUGUCUUGCAUCACAGAACUGAACCCUAAACCACUACAUCAGAAGUCCAGCAUCCUCUCUUCAUUUUGAAUUUUCCAUAUUAAAGUUGAAAUGCGAGCAGUAGCAAUGAGCCCUAAUUAAAUAAAACUCUCUUGGCAUAGAUUUGAUCAAAGAUUUGCUAUGAAAAUAGCCUGAGUUACUUAGAAAAAUUCUGCACAACCCAAUGCACAAAUUUUCAAUCUUUGGUUUUAACUUUGUGACUCAGGUACUGAGAUUCAAUGUGUUUAAGUUUUAUUUUACAGCCUUUUUUAAAAUGUUCAGAAUAGUAUUUUGCACUGCUUAACCAUGCUUAAAAGCUGUGAAACACAUUCAGCAGUAAAUUGGUUAACAACAUUGUAAAAUGCUACCCCUGCCAAAUGUUGCAGAACACCUUGACAAGUAUACUGCUUGAAGAGACACCAUGGUUUGGUGCCCUCAUUUUAUCCAAGUCACGUGAAGUUUAGUUGUGUGGGCAAAACCAUCAUCAGCAGCAGUUAGAAGGAGCAAGUAAACUGCAAGUUCAAAAAAAAUGUAAAUAGUGCCCAAUAAAAGUGAUAGAGACACAACUCAAGCUCUGAGUGGCAGCAUCACUGUUAUCUAACCUGAAAUGAGGGAGAGGUCUGCAUUGUAAAUGUAUGUUGAAUAUACAGCCACAGAGAUUACAAGCUGUGGUUCCAGAUUUGAAGGUUGCUGUUGCUUUGAAUAUCUGAACAUUCUCAUAUUUGAGAUGAGCACAUCAGUGAAUGCACAGAACAUGAAUAUGCAGCUUGAAGGCACACUAAGGGCAAAGCUGUUUGUUUUAAAUUUUUCUGCCUACAUUUAAAUUCCUAACUUUGAAUUUGACAGAGCAUAGUGAAUGUACCACAUGUAUGCAUGUGUUUGCUAAUUGUGUAAAUUCCUUCAACAUCCCCCCCCCCCCCCCCACUCCCGUCACAGGUAUAAAUCCAGAACUUGACAUUUUUUUUGCUUUAAUAUAAUCCAUAGAAUAUCACUGAGCUUGUAAAACGAUAAAUCUGAAAAUAAGCUGGAAGACAGCAGAACCUUGACCUCUUACAGCCUCCUCUGUUAUAAUGUGUCCCUGAAAUUGUUUGUGAUUUUGUAAAUGGGAGUGGGAACUAUUUGUGUAAUAGGAAUGGGGAAGUUCACGUGUACCUCAAGUGCAUUAAUUCAAAUUGACACCGAGUAAUAAUAAUAGUACCCCUUGUAAAAGAGUAGCUAAUUCACCAUGUUUUCACAGCUUAUUUUCUUUUGUAUUAGUUUGACAAAACAAAGAAGAAUAUGGGAGAUUUUGUUUACGUGCCCCCAAUAUCCAUUAACUUAUAGCAUUUAUCAAUGGAACUAAAUAUCUAAAACACUAGCUUUUAAAAAUAUUCUGGGAUUAAUCAGGAGUAAUUUUAUAGAAUUGAACGGCUGAGGUCAUAGAACUGCUUGGGCACAUGAUUCUACAAUGAUAUUAGUAUUGGGCAUCAAGCACACAAGGCAGGAGAGAUAAGAGCAGGAAUAAUGUCCCUCCAAGGGGCAUGAAACUGGCAGCGUUAAUAGAUUUGACAGGUCUUAAAGCUUGUGGUAGGAAGCUUGAACACUGAACCUCUAGAUACAUAAUGUGUAACAUAAGCUAUCAUAGGGUGUAGAGUGUAUAUUUUUUCUUUUGCUGUGCAAUGGUCAGAUAGCCUGCAAGUAUAUAAGUGAAGGGCCUGCUUAAUAACUGAGUGAAUGAAGGUUUUGUGUAAUUAGAGCUAAGUUAUUUGGCAGACAAAGAGCACAUUGAUCCACUGCCAGUGGUUGGUGCUGGGAAUUUAUUUUUGUUGGGCGUUUGCAUUUUAUAAUCAAAUUAUACAAACAACCACAGGGUAAUCCCUGAUCCACAGUACACAUAUACAUCAGUUAUGAUAAAUUCUGGAAUUAGAUUUGUAGUGAAAUGAUCCAUUUUAUUCACUGGUUUAAUUGAAUGAAGUGAAAGGGGUGUUUCAGCCAGACUGAUUGUUUGUGACCAAGAUUCAAUUGAUUGAAAAUACCCAGAACCACACUAUGGCAAUAUACAGGAACAGGUUUUUUUAUAUAUAUAACUCAUUUACUUUAGAAGUGUUAGUUAUGCCCCUAUAGCAUUGACAUAACUUUGGCUAGCAUUUAUGAUUAAAAGCAUAAAGGGUGCUGAACCUAUGUGACAUUGGAAACUGGUUUAACAGGGUCAGGCUAGAGGCAGUUAUUUUUAUCAUGUGACUCACUCACAAUGCUUGAUUUCAUGAAGUACAAAGAGGAGCACAUCCAGAUGUUUUUAAACAAAUGUAUCAUAUUGUUGCUUAAUUAAUCCCCAGCCUCACCAUGUGUGCUGUUCCCCACCCCCCUCAAACAACACACACAAAAAAGGCUCACACUAGUGUGGAUCUGGCUCUUUGUCCCUGCCUUGUUAGAGUGAUGUGGUGCUGGCUGUGGUAAUGUUAAUCUGCUGCUACAACUGCUCCAUUUUACUGAGAGCAACCAGAUAAACUUUAAACAAAUUAAAAGGACAUAUCAACAUACAGGUGUUAAUGUGCUCUGUACAGUCAUUGAUGUAUAUUUAUUGCAAUUAUUUAUGAAUGCAUCUAAAAAUCAUCUGUAUUGUUGAUCUAGUCUGCAUUGGUACCUAAAGCAGUGAUGUAUGAAUGGGAAUUACAUUCAUAUUAAAAACAGUUGAAAGACUUUA